AUGUUCAGCCGGGGUUGCAGGGUAAGCGCAAUGAGGCACCUCGACUUCGGCCCAGAGCAGGAGAAGGAAUGGGGGGGAGGGGGUUUAGUCAUAAAACCGAAAUCAGUGGAAGUAAUGACUGGUGAUGGGAAAGUGUUAGCAGACUCAGCGAUCUAUGGCCCUCUACUGGAGAGGGCUAAGGUCAACAUCAGCUGUACUGUGAAGGAGGGAAAACCUCAGCCGAAGGUCGUGUGGUACUUCAGGAAGAGUCGAGGAGAUGAAAUGAGGGAACUCAAUGACAGGGCCAAGAGACGAUUUCCAGCCUCCGUAAGCGCGGCUCUGCGGACGGCGAGUAAGGGUAGCUCGCCGCCCGACCAGAACCAGACCCGAGCGUAUACGGCGCGUAGCGUUCCGCGCGCGCCUCAAAGAGCCAAUAGACCACCACAGACGAAACCCUACAGGGCUGAUGUUCAGCCGGGGUUGCGGGGGGAUAAUCAUCAAAUGACUACUCCCGCCCAGGGUAAGGCGAGAGAGAGAGUCAGACUUUUCCUGACUAAAACCCCCCUGUUCCUUUUUCUGCUCUGGGCUGAGGCCGCGGUGACUCAUUGCGCUUAA